AUGUUCAAAAGUCAGUCUCUCCUGGCCGGUAUACACCCGUCGCCACUGGCCGAUCACGAAAUGUACGAUAAUCGACUUACUAGCCAUCUAUACAACUACCCUUACCAAGCUCAGGCCCUUACAGCUCCUGGAAAGACGCCUGAUACCGUCAAGUCUACUCCUCCACUGGAAUCAGGCAACAUCGCUAUGCUCAACAGAGACCAUAGGGUCGACAUAAUGACAACAACUCGCGGCUCUAUUCGUGUGUCACCACGAACACUCACAAUCACACCUCCAAGACCCGCCUCACCAAUCUCAUCCGACGCCGAUAGUGACUGCUGGGACGAUGGCUCUGAUUCCCCAUGCUCCUUCACUGGCGAGGAGUGCCCCGACUUAUGCGGAGGCCCUAAGAAUUCGUGCAGAAGCUGGACUCCUCCUGCCUCCCCUUUCUAUUACACCAAUGAAAGUGGAAUCUUCCUCCUGGACGAUCGUCAGGGUUACGAAGAGAGGCAGAAGAUUGAACUAGAGCAUACGCUGCAUGACUUGGCUACAAGCCUACAACGGCUGAGGGAGACCAUGUCACCCCCAAGGUUCUUGAGUCGGCUUCAUGAAUUCGAAGGGUUGGCACCAUCGUCUCGUACUGGAAUGUCUCACGGGCCCAGCGAAGAGUUCCCACGGUCACCAACCAAAAGCCUCGCGGAACACUUUCGCGUUACGGCAACUUCUCCUGGACCGUCGUGCCCCUGUGAUUGUGCCGGUACCCCAUGCCGCUGCAAGCUUUCUCCAACACAAAGCGCUUCCACAGAUCUACUACACCAAUCAAUGAAUACCCAGGAGAAGGACGAGUUUGGGACUGCGGACCUUGGAAAGCUCAUACAAGCCAGCUUACAACAUGUCCAAUCGACCAACUCGCCCCCAAAAUACCUCGCCAGCGUGUCUGAAAUUGAAGCCCAGCCUCUGCUCGGAAAGCAAAUCACCAUCCCGAAUUCACACGAACAGCUGCGUGACGAGGCUUUCUUAGUGAGGGAUGCCUCGCCACAGCUACACCUCGGGAAUACAGCGUACCCGACUCCACUUCCAAGCUCUCCGGAAUCGAAGCCGAGUCGGAAGAGGGGACGGGAUGAAAGCUCCCAAGAGAGUAGCGGCCUAGGCAAGGAUGCGGCUAUGGGAAAUGCCUACCCCGGAUGGGCGUUGCUGGAGGGCAAUGGUGAUAUUCCCGAUACUCGCGGUUCUUCACUUAAGGGGACUCUUAAUGCACUAGAUACCUGCUCAGCAAACCCACUCUCCUCCCAGAGCGCUGUCCUCGACCAUCAGAACGUCAAGCAGCUACUUCAAACCCCCGGCUUCCAUCUCCAUCUUCCCACUACCAUCGCCAAUUCUCUAGUCGAGAAACCGCAAACAUUCCACACCCUCUCCAAACGGCGCGUCCCAAGCCGGCCCCCAGGAACCAUCCCUUUCAGCGCCCAGCCUUCCUCAACCCACGUCUUCCGCUUCUACAAAUUCACCUACAUCAUCAGUUCCGACCACCUCACGUCCCAAAUAACCAGACUCAACAUCUGGAUGCAGAACUUCUUCUGCGACUUCCUCGCCGCCUCUCCCCUUGGCAUCGAGCUGCAACCCCGGCGGCGCAUACUCCUGCGCGCGGGACAGCUGACGCUGAACCUGCAGUCUGUCGUCGGUGCGCUGAGUCAGGAGAUUGUGACGGCGGUGGUGAAAGAGGUUGGGACGGAUGGCGACGGAAGGAUUGACGGCGUUUUUUCCAGCGGGCGAGGUGGCGCAGGUGGGGGCCGGGGUGAGGGUGUUGUUCGCGGUUGGGUUGGAGUUGAGAGGAGCCGUUGA